AUGCAAGCACGUGUUGCACCGGUUCCGCCGAUCAAGGGUAUACCCAUUCUCUUGUUCGCAAGCGAAACAGUGAGCGAAGAGGAUGAUGCCUUCGUUCACUGGGUGCACUAUGUGCGUCGCCUAAGCAACAUGUUUGAUAUAAGGGCUAGUGCCCAUGCGGCUGAUUUGCGUCUCGAACGCAAGCUUCGGUAUGAUUUUUAUCCCAAGCUUAAGGCCAGAGGACAAUUGCGCAAGCGCACGCUCUAUGCUUCGGCUACUAAGGUAGCCGCGAGUGCUGGUCAGUCUGUGGCCAACAACCCGCCAACCCGCACCACUAGUGGUGGGGAACGGCCUCGGUCUCGAGAUGACCAUGGCCACGAUGCUCAAAAGCAUCCAAAGCAUAAGGGCAGUCCUGCCGAAGAGGUAUCUCAAACUCCCAUGAGUUUUCAGACUCAGGGUACCCUCGCCACUUUACCAAGCACUGGUAUUGGCCCUGACGACGACGUCGUUUCAGUAGUCUCUCGACAUGAAAUUGACGACACCCAUGCUCAUCGAGCAAAGUCGGUGGCGGCCGGUGUACUGGUGGAGGCCCACGAGAAAUUGGUUCUUGAAUUUAAGGGUCUUCAAGAGACCUUGGGCAAGACCCAGUGCAUGCUGGAUGCGAUGCAAAGCCGCCUCCAGGCGAUGGAGCAAGCUCAAACUCGGAGCGAGGCUCAGUUGGACUUGCUGAUUCGUCUACAGCAAUCCGGGGCAAUGCCCUUGUCGUCGGCGCAAGCGCCUCCAAGUUCACAUGGAAAGGAUCCCGGUACGGAUUAA